CGUGAGGGACGGGAGGAAAGGUAUGCAGCGGUCACUCAGUUCGCGGCCACAGACGCGCGCCGAGCCUUUCCGGGUUGGGACGAACCGGCCAUCAAAGCCACGUUUGCCGUCACUCUUGAGGUUCCCACCGAUCGGACGACUCUUUCCAACACUGAUGUCGUCUCAGAGGAGGUCCUCGAAGACGAUCCGAGUGUUAAGCGCGUGAAGUACUCGACGACACCAUUGAUGUCCACAUAUUUGUUGGCAUUCAUUGUCGGAGAGUUUGAUUUCGUCGAGAGUGCGACCACUGAUGGGGUGAGGGUUAGAGUGUACGCACCGUUUGAUUUCGUCGAGAGUGCGACCACUGAUGGGGUGAGGGUUAGAGUGUACGCACCGGUAGGGAAGGCAUCGCAGGGAGAGUUCGCUCUGGAAGUGACGGCCAAAGCGAUCAACUAUUACAACGACUACUUCGGGAUUAGCUAUCCGUUGCCUAAAAUGGAUUUAAUAGCGUUGUCUGACUUCGCAUUCUGGGCGAUGGAGAACUGGGGGUUAGUUACCUAUAGGGAGACCGCACUUCUUAUGGAUCCUAAGAACUCGUCGUCAAUGAACAAACAAAGUACUGCCUUAACAGUGGCUCACGAGGUGUCCCACCAAUGGUUCGGAAAUCUGGUCACAAUGGAGUGGUGGACCCAUCUGUGGCUAAACGAAGGAUUCGCUAAAUUCAUGGAAUACCUGUGUGUCGACCAACUGUUCCCCGAAUACCAGAUUUGGAUGCAAUAUGUUUCCCAAACUUUCCUACCGGCCCUCCAGUUGGAUGCUCUCCACAACUCCCAUCCCAUCGAAGUACCAAUAGGUCAUCCCUCCGAAGUGAAUGAGAUAUUCGAUGAGAUCUCGUAUAACAAGGGGUCGGCUNGUAUAACAAGGGGUCGGCUGUCAUACGAAUGCUUCACCGGUUUAUUGGCGACGAGGUAUUGCUUUCAGUCAUUGUUUGCCACCAUUUGUCUCAUCCAUUAUCUAAUUGAUGUCUCUUUGGAUCAGUUAUUCCGCAAAGGAAUGCAUUCCUAUCUCUCUCUUCAUAGCUAUAAGAGUGCGAAGACUGAAGACCUCUGGACUGCUCUCCAGGAGUCGAGUAAUAAACCGGUCAGAGAUGUGAUGAGCACUUGGACUCUGCAGAAGGGAUAUCCAGUUAUAUCAGUGACGUCCCGUCGCGACAAGGAUUCAGUGAUUCUAAGCCUAACUCAGGAGAAGUUCUGCGCCGAC